AUGUCGCAGUCAUCGGAACGAACCGUCUCCGCCGGCGGCUCUCCCUCAUCGGCGACCGCCAAUCCAUUGGCCGGCGCCCAUCACCAUGUUUCCAUGAAGCUUAAUAGCCGCAACUUCCUCUUCUGGAGGACUCAGUUGGUCCCUUUCUUGAGGGGGCAGGACCUGCUGGGAUAUGUGGAUAGCUCAACGCCAUGUCCACCGGCGACAGUCGCAGCAGCCUCGGAUUCCGGCUCAGGCACAAUGCCGGCGACAUGGAUGGUUCCGAACCCAGCGCACAAGGCUUGGGUGCUCCAAGACCAAUCGAUUUUAUCGAUGCUCAUUUCGUCCAUGUCCGACGAGGUGUUACACUUGGUCGUCGGACGAGAAACUGCAGCCGAGGUGUGGUCGUCAAUCGUCACGGCGCUCGGCUCCUCCACGCAAGCAAGGUGCCUUAGUCUACUCGGCCAAUUCCAGUCGCUAAGGCAAGGGAAUCUCUCCACCGCCGAGUACUUGGGGCGGGCAGAGGUGCUCGUGGAGGCGUUAGCUCAAGCCGGUCGUCCUCUUUCUUCAUCGGAGCAGAUGCUGUACGUUCUGAGAGGCCUGAGACAGGAUCUGCGCGUCAUGGCGGCAUCCUUAACCGCUACCACCAACACUGUGUCUCUGCCGCAGCUGGCAGAUUUCCUGAGUGCCCAGGAGUUCAUAAUCUCCGAUGAAUACUCCGUUGGCGACAAUGGCGGGCAGCAUACGGCGAUGUACGCUGGCCGAGGACGGGGUUCCAACAAUGACGGUGGUCGGCAGUCCGGCAGUGGGCAGCACUGGAGAGGAGGCCGGAACAGUAACAGCCGCAAUGGACGGGGCAGAGGCGGUCAGAAUGGCUGCGGUCCUCCGAGAUGUCAAAUUUGUCGCGCUCAAGGACACACGGCGGUUUAUUGCUUUAAGCGAUAUACGAUGCAACCUCCGGCUGAAGCACAUGUCGCCACUGCCACCGGCGAGCUCCCUAUGACGCCGUCGGCAACCUCAUCGGACGGGUGGUACCCCGACACCGGCGCCACCGCCCACGCCACGCCGGAUGCUAGCAUGAUGUCCCGCUCCGAUGAAUAUACCGGCCCCGAUGUCCUACGAGUCGGGAACGGCGCAGGUUUGGCUAUCUCACGCGUCGGUCAUGCAUCGAUCCCGUCCGUGUCAAAACCCCUAAAUUUGUCUAAUGUAUUGCAUGUCCCGAGUCUGUCUGUCCCGUUACUUUCUGUAAAUAAAUUCACUAAAGAAAACAGCGUUUACUUUGAAUUUCAUAACAACUGUUUUAUUGUGAAGGAUUCCAAAACCAGGGCAACUCUGCUUAAAGGGCCAACCUCCGGGGGAUUGUACAAGCUUCCACUUUCCCAUACUCAAUUUGCGUUCGUCAGUUCCCGGGCCACUUAA